UCUAAACUUGAUUUAUGUUUAAUGACGUGUUAAAUGAACAAGCGAGGGAUCUUUUGAAUGGAGGAGACGAGAAUCGGAUUUAUCUUAUCGUUCACUGAGUCAGCGAAUAUGAGGUGCGCUAUUGGGUAGGGAGAGAGCGCAAAGGAGACGAACGGGGAGGUCCAGUCCUGAGUAAAUAAUGUGUUCUCCAAGUGGCAUCAGCUUGUUCCCAAGUUUGGUGAGAUAGAUCGAUCCUUCAGCAGAAUCUCAUCGAAACACAUACUUUAAUUGAGCUGCAGUUCAUUACAAGUUAAAGAAGUGCAUCAACCAAAGGAUACGCGCGCUGCGGUUUACCCAGAAUAGGUGCCCAAGUUGUACCUCUAGAUAUUUGGAUAGAAGCUAGUACAGUAUGACUUUUCGGCUUGACAGUGUUGGUGCUUAUCUAUAGCAUAAUACUGAUCCGCGCGUUAUCAAUCAAGACCAGGUCGGCAAAUAUCUGAAGAUCUGAAGAUGAUUAUGAAUCGCUCGGACAUAUUUUGUAAUUACAAAGAAGUAAGUAACUUCACCAACAACUCGUCAUGUGUGAACACGACUCAGUCCUCACCCAGCUUCAUCGACUUGGCGACUUUUAUGCACAUAUUCCCGUCCAUAUACGGCAUCCUGUGUACAAUAGGAGUGAUCGCCAACGGUUUGGUGAUUUACGCAGUGGCGACAUGCAAGAAGAAGAUGGUCUCGGACAUCUACGUGCUGAACUUGGCCGUCGCAGAUAUGCUCUUCUUGCUGGUGAUGCCUUUCAACAUUCACCAGCUGGUCCGGGACAGACAGUGGGUGUUCGGGAACUUCAUGUGCAAAGCUGUCGUGGUGGUGGAUGUUAGCAACCAGUUCACUACGGUGGGGAUUGUAACGGUGUUGUGUAUUGACAGAUACAUUGCCAUCGUCCACCCCACCUCAGAGAAGCGGACCAUCCAGUGGACCAUCAUUAUCAACAUCCUGGUGUGGGUCGGCAGCUUCCUGCUGACCGUGCCCGUCAUGAUCUACGCCAUGGUGGUGAGGAAGAGCGACCUGGAGAUAUGCAUGAUGUUUCUGGACGGGCCUGAGGACAUGUACUGGUACACUCUCUACCAGUCCAUCCUGGGCUUCAUUUUCCCUCUCAUCAUCAUCUCCACCUUCUACUCCCUCACCCUCUACCACGUCUUCAGAUCCAUCCGCCGAGUCAAGCGUAAACAGUCUGUCUGGGCGAAGCGCGCCACCAAGACCGUGGUGAUGGUCAUUGCUCUCUUCCUGGUGUGCUGGAGCCCAUAUCACGUGAUCCAGGUGAUUAACUUGAGCAACAACAGGCCAACCAACACCUUUGUGUAUGUCUACAACAUCACGAUCUGUCUGAGUUACUCCCACAGCUGCAUCAACCCUCUGAUGCUGCUCAUCUUCGCUCAGAACUACCGCGAGCGUCUCUGUCACAGGAAGGGGUUGAGGAGCUCGCAGCAGAACUCCUCCAAGACCACUGUGAUCAAGCCAGACGGUUCCAGUGUGUCCACCGACCCAAACUAUCGCAGCACAGCCAUCUAGUAGUACAGACACAGUCAUCUAGUAGUACAGAUAUUGCCACUCAUAUACUGUGUGUGUGUGAAUAGGUGGGCUGUCGUUUUGUCCCAAUGAGACUACCAAAAGUCAGCUGUUACCGUUCUGCUAUCUUCAACAAACUUUUCGGGUUCAUGAAUUACUUGAAGCCAAAGUAGCUGAAAAACACUUAUCUUUCCAGGGGACAGAAGUGGCAUUAUGUGUUAGUGGAUGGAUGAAUGGAUUUACUCAUCGGACUGCAACAGCUCCACCAUCACUAUCAUUCUUCUGAUACAAAUGUCAACUGAUCAAAAUGUCAUUCUCUCUCUCUCUCUCUCUCUCUGGGAUGAAAUUUAAGGAUUGUUUUACUAGCUUGGUCUGAAAAUACUAGCCUUCGGCUACUGGGCUAGCAUAAUGUCCAUCCCUGCACACGCUUAAUGACCACCACUCCCCACAAGAAUUAUACUACAGUAUAAAUAUUGUAGUAUUCACUUCAGUGUUUUUACGGACU